AUGUCCAAGACCGUUGCUGAUCUGAUUGCGGCCCACGAUCCUCAGGGUUUCGCACCAUUCCCAACAAUCGCCGACGUUAACAAGGUUACCAAGCCUCGUCUUACUAUCGUCGUUGCUUGCGUUGAUCCCCGAUGUAGCGUCGACAAGUUCAUUGACUUCAAUCUCGGAGUCCCAGAAGGUGAAAUGGUAAUGGUCUCGCGUAACGCGGGCGGAAACAUCCGCUUCGCCGUCCGCGACAUUCUUCUUCUAGAUACCCGAUUCGUGAUCGACGAGCUUGUUAUUGUUCAUCAUACCGAUUGUGGCUCAACCAUGUUCACCAACGAGUGGAUGCGUGACACUAUCAAAGCGCGAGUUGGUGAGAGUCAUGGGGAGGAGAUUGACAAGAUUGACUGGGGCGCCAAUACUGACAUGGCGGAUAGUGUUAGGGGUGAUCUCGAGUGGCUUCGUAAGAAUGAGGUUAUUAGGGACGAACUCAAGAGUACGACUCGUGGGUUUCUCUUCGAUAUCAAGACUGGAGAGGCUAAGGAGAUCAAACUUGCUUAG